UCUCCCAAGCACUAAAGCCCAGUUUAAAAAGGGUCAAGACACCAAGAUUGACUUUUCUUCUGGUCCCUCAAACCCUUAAUCCCUUCUCCCCAUCCAACAGUGGACCCAAAUUAGAGCUUCAGGCCCAUCAAGGCCUCGGGAAGGGGCAGCCUCUGAAAGCGCUUGACUCACAGCCCCCACCGGGCCACACGGCCUGGGAGCUCCUGAGUCUGACCUGGUCUGCCUCCUUCUUCCUGUCUCAUCCUGGAGAGCUGUUUUCCUUGGCAUAGCACAGAGACAGGUGAUCCCACCUGGCUGGUUCAGGCCCAGGCUCGUUCAGCCUCCCAGACGCUUGGUCGUGGCCUUUUGACUUUGUCAGGUUGGUACCGCCUCUCCUGCCUUGGUUCCUGUCCGCCACAGGGUCCCCUACAAGUGCCAAUGGCCCUUUCUAGAAUGUGUCUGUCCUGCCAAGACUGACAGACUCCCCACACCACAGUCUGGUGGCUUUUGUGGGAGACUCUGGCUGCUGUGGACAUUGCUCUCGGGCCUUUGCUUGGGUGUGGAGUCAGCUAAGGAAGCAGGGGAACUGGCCGAAAGCAGUGCCUCUGUUCGCCAGGAUGAGGUACAAGGAAAUGCUAGAACUAGUGAUCUCACCCAGCCUUACUGUAAACAGCGACCGUCCCGGUAAACUGAAGCUUAACUGUGCUGAGGCUGAUGUCUGGACUCUGAGUGACAUCGAAGGCAUCAGCACAUCGGCCGCUCCGAGUGUGUCCCCUCUCUUUGCAAGACCGUGCCCACGCGUCCUGCCCAGCCAGCCUCCCACGGCCAUGGCAGCCUACGGCCAGACACAGUACAGUGCGGGGAUCCAGCAGGCCACCCCCUAUACAACUUACCCACCUCCAGGACAAGCCUAUGGAAUCCCUUCUUACAGCAUCAAGACAGAAGACAGCUUGAACCAUUCCCCCGGCCAGAGUGGAUUCCUCAGCUACGGCACCAGCUUCAGCACCCCACCCACUGGACAGAGCCCGUACACCUACCAGAUGCACGGCACGGCUGGGAUCUAUCAAGGAGCAAACGGACUGACCAAUGCAGCCGGCUUUGGAAGUGUACACCAGGACUAUCCUUCCUACCCUGGCUUCCCCCAGAGCCAGUACUCCCAGUAUUACAGCUCGUCCUACAACCCCCCUUAUGUCCCGGCCAGCAGCAUCUGCUCCUCUCCCCUCUCCACGUCCACCUACGUCCUGCAGGAGGCCUCUCACAGUGUCCCCAACCAGAGUUCCGAGUCACUCGGCGGUGAAUAUAACACGCACAAUGGACCGUCCACGCCGGCAAAGGAGGGAGACCCAGACAGACCGCCCCGGGCCUCCGACGGGAAGCUCCGAGGCCGGUCUAAGCGGAGCAGUGACCCCUCCCCAGCAGCAGACAAUGAGAUUGAGCGUGUGUUCGUGUGGGACUUGGAUGAGACAAUAAUUAUUUUUCACUCCUUACUCACGGGGACUUUUGCCUCCAGAUACGGGAAGGACACCACAACGUCCGUGCGCAUCGGCCUGAUGAUGGAAGAAAUGAUCUUCAGCCUUGCAGACACGCAUCUGUUCUUCAAUGACCUGGAGGAUUGCGACCAGAUCCACGUGGACGAUGUCUCGUCUGAUGACAACGGGCAAGAUUUAAGCACCUACAACUUCUCUGCCGAUGGCUUCCACAGUUCGGCCCCAGGGGCCAACCUGUGCCUGGGCUCCGGCGUCCACGGUGGCGUGGACUGGAUGAGGAAGCUGGCAUUCCGCUACCGGCGGGUCAAGGAGAUGUACAACACCUACAAAAACAACGUUGGCGGCUUGAUAGGAGCUCCCAAAAGGGAGACCUGGCUACAGCUCAGAGCCGAGCUGGAAGCUCUGACCGACCUCUGGCUGACCCACUCCCUCAAGGCACUAAACCUCAUCAAUUCCCGGCCCAAUUGUGUCAACGUAUUGGUCACCACCACUCAACUCAUUCCUGCCUUGGCCAAAGUCCUGCUGUACGGACUGGGCUCCGUGUUCCCUAUUGAGAACAUCUACAGUGCAACCAAGACAGGGAAGGAGAGCUGCUUUGAGAGGAUCAUGCAGAGAUUCGGCAGAAAAGCUGUCUACAUCGUGAUUGGCGAUGGCGUGGAAGAGGAGCAGGGAGCAAAAAAGCACAACAUGCCUUUCUGGCGGAUAUCCUGCCACGCAGACCUGGAGGCGCUGAGGCAUGCCCUGGAGCUGGAGUAUUUAUAGCAGAACUCGCGGCAUCGCCACCUGCCAUCGCAGCUGCAUCCCACCCGCCCGGGCCCCUGGUUUUCCCUGCCUCCCCGCCAGAUGCCGGAAGAGUCCCUCCAGCCAAGAGGACGUGUCCGGUGACCAUCUCAGAAGCUGUCCUUUCAGUGCAAACACGGGGCCUGAGAAACAGAGUAGCCUGCAGUGGCUUUGGAACAUUCUCCCUUUGGGGCAAAGGGCUGGCUCGCUUGGAGACCUUCCUAAAAGACUCACGGAACACAAGCAAGGAAUUGCUGAUUUGGGGGAGGCUGGGGAUGAGGAGGAGGGAGACAGGCUUUUUUCUUUUCCUCUUUAAUUUAUGGACUAAUCAUUACUCUGGUAUUAUGCUCUUGUACCUGUGUUGUUGGUUCUCGUAGUCGUUGGUUUUUUGUUUUCUAAGCCGGCAUGUGGGCAGUGCACAGUUCUAAUUUAAGCCUCUCUGCUCCAAGUUGUGCUGUGGGGGGGACAGUCAUUCUUUGAACAUAGUGAGGGAGGCAGUUCGGGGCUGUGGGGAGGACUAUUGCUUUUUUUGUCUGUUUUUAAGGACCUAACCUGAUGUCAUGUGGACAGUGCACGUGCCUUAUGCUGCCAUCUUGUUUUCUAGGAAGAGGGGACCCUGGGGAGGAGGCAGUACUUUGUGACGGAAAAAGGCAUUAAAUAAAACCACGUUUACAUUUUGAAA